AUGGUUCUCGUAAUGCUUCUCCGGCAUUGCUCGCAUGUUUUAGGUUGGAACCGUCGCUCUCUUCGAGACAUUUUUCCAAGGAAGCGUCACAGCGACUCUGCGCCGCUGUUGCGUGUCUUGGUUGCAUUUUGCGUCGUAGACGAGGCGCGUCGGCGGCCUCGGAGAUGCCCGCAAGUCUGCCGAGGCACCGUUGUGAAGAUGAGUGGAUCAGUCUGUUGCCGACGCGCUUGUUGUGAAAGUGGCGGCGCUCGUCAGGCCCUUGAGGGAAACGUCGGAAGCAAAACGCGUGCAAGGCGCGGGGUGGAAAGCGUGACAAGCGGUACUCUGGUAUUUUCAGCGGCUGCGACACGCAGACAGAUGGCACAUAUUCUCCCCGACACACUCACUGCCGCGGGCGGAACAGAUGGGGCAGGCGUGCGGUGUACCCACUGA